CACGCAGUGCCCAUCCGCGAGGCUAGGCUUCGAAAAUUCCACUCCCAUCGUGUUUCCCAGCCAGCACAACAACGCUCGUCUCCUGCCGCCACGCCCCGCGCCCGCCGCGACUCCCUCCCGAAUCAAACGCGCAGAGUCUCUCGAGUUUACUACCGGACGCUCCCGCAGUCAGGCUCGGCCGAAGCGACACAAUGGCGACGGCAGUCCCUACGCGCAGCGGCCUGGCCCCAAACGCUUCCCUCCCGGCCAAGGUCCAGUCCAUCCCUCCAAACCAGACCCUCUAUGUCACAAACCUUCCCUCGGCCAAGAUCCAAAAAGCCGACCUGCGGACCGCGCUCUACAUGCUCUUCUCGACCUACGGAAGCGUACUAGAUGUCGUCGCCCUGAAGACCAUGGACAUGCGAGGGCAAGCACACAUUGUCUACAAAGACGUGCAAACCUCAACUCAGGCCAUGAGACACUUGAAUGGGCAAACGUUUCUGGGCCGCGAACUCAAAAUCCAAUACGCCAAGUCCAAGUCACAUUUCGUCGCCAAACUCGACGGAACCUUCAAGAUCCCCACGACGGCAUCUGGUGCCGCCGCCGCCGAACAGACCGAUCUGCAGCGGAGCAUCUUUGACGCCCCGCCGGCUGGAGCGCCUCCGGCCGCCAAUGCCGCCGCGAAACCAGCGGCAGGGGCAGAUCAGACAAUGACGGACGCAGAUGCCGCCGAGAACCGUGGACAGAAGCGCACUCGGGAUGAAGAAGACGAGGAGAGCGAGGAGGACGUGGCCAUGGAGGAGGACAGCGACGACGACGAAUGAGCACCGCACAAUUCGAAUCAAAGCGGGCAACAAAGUGACGAGCCAAGUAACGAGCACUGGUUUGUUUUACUGCUCGGCCAUUUCCUUGGGCACCCAAAGUCCGACACAACCGCCUACGAGCCCGAGCCAGAUCAUGAGGUAGUUCUCCCUGGAGCAUUGGAAGCUCGAUAUAGCAUCUCCCAACAAACAGGGAUGUACAAAGAAAGCCGGGACUCCUGUGACGGGGUGAUGCUGCGAGUUUGUGUUAGCUGGGUGAGCCUAGCUCCAAACGGACACCCCGGGAGCGGCUGGUGGUAACGCGGCACUCACAUCAGCAGAGAUGCCACCAAUACCUCCGAGCCUUCGAAGGCCGUCCUUGUACUCGUCGGGGACUAAGCGGCGAAAGACUGUAUCGACGUUGAAGGCGGGCUCUUCUGGAGGCAGGUUGUGGAGGGAGAACCACAAGCAAGGGACCCGAUAGGUCGGAUGCAGAUGAAUUUCGUACGUGACAUACGGCAUGCUUGGCCGCGGCACGCACUGAAUGAUGGCAGCCUAGGCUUUGGUUAUUACGAGGACAUGAAUGAGAUCGUGGUCCAUGUGAGUCGCACCGAGUCUGCUUCUUCGUCGUCUAGCAUGCCCUGGUCUGCCAUGACCAUGGCAUCGUCUUUGUCAUGAUCAGAAAACGAAAAUUUGUCCAGA